AUGGCACUGGCACCACCCCCACUGACCCCCACCGACCCCCACCACCCCCACCGGCAGCAGCAGCAGCAGCAGCAGGGCACUUGUGGUACUCACUUAGCAGCUUCUCAUAACACAGAUGUUAUCCUGUACCUCCAUCUGCCUGUACCUCCAUCUGCCUGUACCUCCAUCUGCCUGUACCUCCAUCUGCCUGUACCUCCAUCUGCCUGCACCUCCAUCUACCUGUACCUCCAUCUGCCUGUACCUCCAUCUGCCUGUACCUCCAUCUGCCUGCACCUCCAUCUGCCUGUACCUCCAUCUGCCUGCACCUCCAUCUACCUGUACCUCCAUCUGCCUGUACCUCCAUCUGCCUGUACCUCCAUCUGCCUGUACCUCCAUCUGCCUGAACCUCCAUCUGCCUGUACCUCCAUCUGCCUGUACCUCCAUCUGCCUGUACCUCCAUCUGCCUCCAGCUGUUUCCCAUUUACAGAUAAAACCAUAAAGACCGUGUUUGACUUCACUCUGAAACAAACAGGAGCUCAGGGGAUGGACCGCAGCGCUGCGCAGAAACGUGCACCUGAAAGACCUCCUUUCGUUUUCAUUCAUCUGAUAGAAGAGGUGUGA